CCAUGGGAUCGGACGGUUCCAUACUUGACCUUGAUCAACCUUCCCUGUCAUACUUUCGCCAUGGAAGAACUGGAGCAAGAGGUGCCAGAUGAACGGUGUGCAGAUCAAGCCCUAAAGGAUCGGGUGAAGACCUGUGAUUCCUUGGCCUCCACGCAUGCCGCGCAGGACAUCUUCCAAGUCCGGACUGAAGUCACUGAUGGCCUCCCAGUCGAGAAGUGGAACACCCCAGUGGAACACUCGGUGAACGAGGUCAACGAGAUCACAGAGGUCCAAGUGAAGAUUGAGGACCCAGAGCCUGCAAAAGAUCCGAAAGAGGAUGAGGUGGAGGUGGCCACUGAACGUGAAUGGACUUUCCGAAAGAAGCUGCUGAUGGCAUGGUAUUUGGCCAUGACGGUGGUCUACUUCGUCUACCGCAGUCAAGAGAUCUCCAUCUUCACUCCAGCGGCUUUUGAGCUGCGUUGGCAGGACUCAGCUGGCCUGCUCUUUGCGCUCUCUUUCCUGAUGACGCGGAAGCCGAGCUACUUGAUCUACGCGAUCAACCCCUUCCGAAAUGUGCUGUUGGUGAUGCUUCAGGCCAUCUUUCCAGAGCUGUCCGAACGACGGACCAACCCGGAGUACUACCGGAACAUUUGCUCAGCUUCAAUUCAGCUGUGCUGUGGCUGUGCGAUUUGGUUUUUCACCACACCUCAACCUAUAGGAGAUGGCACUUCCUGGGCCCUGCAGAUGCCGUGCCUGGACGGGCCUUGCCUUCGUGAACGGCGGCCAUGUUUUCAAAAAUGGUUCAUUCGAGUAGUGAACAGCUUGUUGCUCCUCACUGGCAUCGCUGCUACGGUGAUCGCGCUGGAAGAGCAGACCGACAGUUUCCGGACGCUCCACACGGAGGACCAUGGCUGGAAGAUCAUCUUGUCCAUCGUGCUGGGGAUCUCUGAGGAGGUCAGCUGGAGAAGCGUCUACAUGGCAGACAACAACAACUCGAUCCAGGCCUUCACAUGGGGCAUGAACCAUGUCGUCGCCGGCACGGGGAUUGACAAUCCAUGGGUCUAUGGCAUUGUCAGCGCGGCAUACGCCUUCCUGCUGGGUGUGUCGCCCUCCGUUGGGCUCCGGUGCUUUAACCACGCGGCCGUGGAGUACUUCGUCAUUGACAACUUGGUGAAGCCUGAGGGCCAUCCGAUUUGGCUUCCGCAAAGCGUGAGCCACAUCGUGUAGAGUCGGUAUUUUGUUGGGCGCCUUCUUUUCUGCAGAGAGGAGAAUGGUUUGGAGAGGACAC